AUGGAUCUGACCACGCUGCCGGACGAGAUCCUGACUCAGGUUCUCCUGUGGCUCGACGCCCGGCAGCUCGCGGCGUCGGCGCUCAGCGCCCGCUUCAUGGCACAACGCGUCCGCGCCGCGGCAGAGGCGCGAAUGGAGAGGCUUGGCUCGGCAUGGCCCACGCUUCUGGAAGGGGAGAUCCCAAGCUGGUCCUUGCGAAUCGUGGAGACGCUCGGGCGGCGCGGCACGAUGUGUAGGUACCUCAUCGACGGGCCGGUGCUGCUGCUGCAUCACCGCCCAUCAAGCACAACGCUGCACCUCGCGGCGUGGGGGCACGCUCUCCAAGCUUGUGUGACGAUCGGGCGCCAAGGGGCUGUCCACUCUGCUUUGUUUGCGAUCGAAGACGUCCUGGCCCCUCCGGCGCUGUACAGCUUCCAGCUGGCGGCGGAGGACAAGAGAGCCAAGCAUGAGCGCGCCGCCGCGGGCUCGCCGCUCGAGCUGCUAGUGCGCAAGACGGCUAUCGACAGCGAGGCUGCGCGUCGCAUUGGGUGGACCGUGCGAGGCGACGGGGUUGUCGUCCUUGAGACGAUAAAGUGCGGCAUCUUCGGCGGCGCUGAUUCAGUCGGUGAGGCGGCCGAGGGCAGUGAGGCGUGCACGAGGGCCCUCGGCGAGGUGGCCGAGGAUGGCUUCCGCCUCACUGCGGGUGGGCCGCCGCUUCAAGAUCUCCGGACGAGCCCAGGGAAGCUCACGACCUUUCAUGGCAACUUUCAUGGGGGCGCUUUCGCCACGAUGACGACCACAUUACCGCCGUUCCCUGUCGCCUUCCCCAUCUCCGCGACCGGUGAGGACAUUUCACAGUCGGUGGCGCCGACAAUGACCUCCGGAAAGCCCUCGCAAUCGCUCGGCACGGGGCCACCGGGAGUGCUCUCGAGCCCUACACCGGAGCAUCACGAGCCG